AUGGCUCCUCAAAACGUUGGUAUCAAGGCCAUCGAGGUCUACAUCCCCACCAACUACGUGAACCAGUCUGACUUGGAGACAUUCGAUGGGAUUCCCGCCGGCAAGUACACGAUUGGAUUGGGCCAAACGAACAUGGCGUUUGUUUCGGACAGAGAAGAUAUCUACUCGCUCUCGUUGACCGUGACCAGCAGGUUGUUGAAGAACUACAACAUUGACCCCAGCUCGAUCGGCAGAUUGGAGGUUGGCACGGAGACCUUGUUGGACAAGUCCAAGUCCGUCAAGUCCGUUUUGAUGCAGCUCUUCCAGGACAACGACGACAUCGAGGGUGUGGACACCGUCAACGCCUGCUACGGCGGUACCUCUGCUGUGAUCAACGCGGUCAACUGGGUGGAGUCCUCCUCGUGGGACGGCAGAGACGCCAUUGUCGUCGCCGGCGACAUUGCCAUUUACUCGCAAGGUGCUGCCAGGCCCACGGGUGGAGUCGGUGCGGUUGCCUUGCUCAUUGGGCCAGACGCCCCCGUCGUGUUUGACUCGGCCAGAGGCUCGCACAUGGAGCACGCCUACGACUUCUACAAGCCCGACUUCACCUCGGAAUACCCCGUUGUCGAUGGCCACUUCUCUUUGACCUGCUACACAAAGUCGGUGGAUCGCGCGUACAAGAACUAUUCCAAGAAAGUCACCAAGGACACCAACAAGACCGUGGGCUUCUUGGACUACUUCGACUACUCGGCCUUCCACGUCCCUACGUGUAAGUUGGUGACCAAGUCCUUUGCCAGAUUGUUGUACAACGACUUCUUGUCCAACCCAGAGGCCUUCAGAGGCAAGUUGGACCAGGACACAUUCGACCAAGUGAGUGCCGUCUCCUACGAGCAGUCCUUGACCGACAGAAACAUCGAAAAGGUGUUCCUCGGCCUUGCUAAGGAGGAGUCAAACAAGAGGCUCGCGUCCGCUUUGAAGGUCCCCACCAACACCGGAAACAUGUACACCGCGUCUUGUUGGGCCUCCUUGGCCUCUGUUUUGUACUUCGCUGGUAACGAGGAGUUACAGAACAAGAGAAUCUCCAUCUUCUCCUACGGCUCAGGUCUUGCCUCCACUUUGUUGUCAGUCAGGGUCGUCGGUGACAUUUCGGCCAUAACGAAGGUGUUGAACUUGGACUACAAGUUGGGCGAGGGUAGACAGAAGAAGACUCCAGAGGAGUAUGUUGAGCACAUUGCCUUGAGAGAAAAGGCCCAUUUGCAGAAGAACUUCAAGCCUCAGGGUUCCGUGGAGGACAUCGCACCAGGUGCUUACUACUUGGUCAACAUCGAUGACAAAUUCCAGAGAACCUACGAAAUCAAAAACUAA